UUGGCAACAAGUGUACAACACAAAAUGCACUUUUUGCACAUCGCUGGAUUUUGCCGGCUGAUUUUUGUUUUGACAGAAAUAGAACUGAGGAAAAAUCUUGUGCCGGUUUUCUUCUUAUCAACUUUGGGCUUUUGAUUUUGGAAACUAUUUUAAAAACGAUAUCGUUUUUAACUACAAACAUAAUUUGUGAUAUGAAGAUUGCACUUCGACCAUUACUAGGAACUUCAUAUAUUUGUUUACUUCGCUUAGCACUCGGCAGUGUUUCAUCGGCAUCGUCCACUUGUGCAGUACAAAAAAGCAAUACCAUGUCUACAUCAACUGAUCAAUUAGAAUAUAUUGAAGGAUCAAGUUCGGUUGCAUACAUUACAACACCCGAUGAAGUCACCGCUAAGAAACUUGCCCGCUCAGUUGUUGAAGCUAGAUUGGCGGCUUGUGUCAAUAUCAUCCCAAAAAUCACUUCAAUUUAUGUGUGGGAAGAUAAGGUUCAAGAAGAUAACGAAUGCUUGCUGAUGGUUAAGACAAGAACUAGUCGUGUCAAGGAACUGACCAAAUUUGUACGUGAAAAUCAUCCCUAUAGUGUAGCUGAAGUAAUUAGUUUGCCUAUUCAGGAUGGCAAUCCUCCAUACAUGGAUUGGAUUAAAAAUACAAUUAAAGAUGCAUGAAUAAACGAUACAGAUUAAUGCAAAAAAAUCUCGGUAAACAAUAUUUUAAGUCUCAAUAAAAUAUUUCUUGUUUAAAAUAA